AUGUUGACGAGUGACCACCUCGCACGUGUGAGCCGCAUGCGGACGCUCUCUGCUUUCCUGGAAGAAGACCACAAAGAUGAAGAUCAUUUGUAUGGAGAUACUUCUUUAUUGCUUGCACAAGUACCAGCAAAUGCAUCUACAGAGCCGAAAGACAACGAGGAGAAGACGCAAAUGACACAGACACAAUGUACUAAUGAGUUUCGUGGUCAACAUCGUAAAGGCAAUCGACGACAACAUACGUUUCAACCACGUUAUCCAGUGUCAAAGACUGUUGGUAGUAGUAGAGACGCAAAGACAACGAUGAUAAGAGACGUGGACAAAAUGGACAUGAAGAAAAAAGCAAAGGAAGCAGUAGAUUACAAUACUAAAGACGAAGAAGAGCUGGAUGAAAACACAAGUAACAGUGAAGAAGAAGGUCUUGAUUGUGGUUACCCGUUAUUGCACGAUAUCCCACGACUUACCAACGGCAACGUGAAUGCUAUAAAUGCUGAAGCUAUAGCGGCUGCUGAGAUGCUGGAGCGAUCCAAGUAUAUUCCCGUCCGACUCACGUACGAAGAACGAAAAUUAUUGCGCACGCUGGAGGCAGCGCUAUGUGUGAGCAGCUACACGGACAAGCUGGAUACGCCCAAGUUCUUGCCGGCGGCCAAGCGUGUGCGUGCGCAGCUGCAAGAUGUAUGCGGAUUCCUGUCGGCGUUAGCUGUAGCGUCGGACUACAAGGCUGGACAAGAGGUUUUGGACACGAAAAGUUUUGCUGACAGCGCCGAGUUUUAUCAAAAGAUUUUUGAAUUGGGUAGACGAUACAAGAUUAUGAACCCAGAAAAAAUGCGUGAUGAGUACGGCAAGCUCAUGUACCUAUUGCAGGACGCUGUGAGUCCGGAGUUGCAGGAACUGUUAGGGUUUUCUUGUCUGCAGAAAAUUCGUACUGUGUAUGACGUGCUGGAAACUGGUGGUGUUUUGAAUAUGCUGCGUGAUUCCCGUAUUCAGACUGCGACGAUGGUGGUUGCUCCUGAGGGUAAGUCCCGGGCUCAGAUUCAGCGCCAAAUAAAGCAGAAGGAGCAGGCUAUUCGAUCAUUGUGCGAUAAGUACGAAAGCCGAUGUCUCGAACGUGAGUCUCUUGAGCAGUGUCUUUACUCGAUCGCUGAUAACAAUUACCAUCUGUACUUCGAGCGUGACCCGAUCGACCACAUGAUCAAGCUGCUAACCACACAUUUCAACCCAGAUGACGAGCAGACAGACAGUUCUUUGGCUAUCAUCAGCGGAAAUAAUGGUGCUCGUUUGUCCCAUUCCCACGAUCGGCAGUACAAUUAUGUGCUUCAGUCGCUGACGCUGUGGCGCGAAAUCGCGCAUGACAUGUUCCGGCUGUGGUGCUUGACUGACGAGGAUCUACUUGCUGACGGCACACGUUACGACCUGACGGAUACCGGUCAGGGCCUGCAUCGCAUCCAGCCUGCGCCCCGUGUUUCCCGUGCCAUGCACGUUAUUCUUCACUCUACACAGCGCAAAUUAGAUUCGUGGGUUGGCUCGAGUGUCAUUCAUCUUGGAGAUAAGAAUGUCCCCAACGCGCUCAUGUUCAUCGAUAAGUACACACAAGUGGGGCAUAUUCUGCGUCCAAUCGUCAAGGCCAUUGAUAGUAUUGAGUCAAUGUGUAAAUCUCCAGAGAUUCGAGGAUAUGUAGAUUCCACGUUCGGUGGAACUCACAAACUGAAGCGCACUAUUUUGGCAGACUUUUUCCGCGAAGCAUUCGACGGCAGCGGAGCGGACAAUUUUUUUGAGGCUGGAUCAUGCAUUGAUGGACGACUCACGAGCGCCUGGAAUUGGUGUUCCAACCUUCACAAAAAGCCAUUCUUCCCGAUUUUCAAGAUCACGGGCUUUGUUGGCUUUGACGGCAAAUUUGGAUAA